CUUGGUCGGAGAGAAGACUUUUCUUAUUUUUGUAGAUUUAUCACGUCACCCUCCCGAUUGAACACAAAAUUAGGGUUUCAUUUCCCCCCUUUUCGAUUUGCUUCUUCCCCUUUCAUAGCCGCCUCAUGAUGAUUCCUCCCUCCUCUUCUUCUCGAGCUUUUGAUUCUUCUUCCUGAAUUUUGCAGAUUUUCUCUCUCUUUAAUUUAGAAUAAAAAUGGGAAAGUUUUGUUGCUUCACUUCCCCUUCCGAGGUUGUGGGUCGAUCUGGUAAAGGAAGAAGUGACGAAGGGUCGAUCAAGUACGGUUUCAGUCUAGUGAAAGGCAAAGCUAACCAUCCCAUGGAGGAUUAUCACGUCGCUAACUUCAUCAACAUCCAAGACCACGAGCUAGGUCUCUUCGCUAUCUACGACGGUCACAUGGGUGAUACUGUCCCUGCCUACUUGCAGAAGCACCUCUUCUCCAACAUCCUCAAGGAGGGAGAGUUUUGGGUUGAUCCACGAAGGUCUAUAGCAAAGGCUUACGAGAAGACGGACCAAGCCAUUCUUUCGAAUAGUUCUGACUUGGGACGCGGCGGGUCUACGGCUGUCACGGCUAUAUUGAUCAAUGGGAGGAAGCUGUGGGUAGCUAACGUUGGUGAUUCACGAGCGGUUCUUUCGAAAGGAGGUAGGGCAGUGCAGAUGAGUACGGAUCAUGAGCCACGUGCUGAACGGUCGAGUAUUGAGGAUAGAGGUGGAUUUGUAUCCAAUCUACCAGGUGAUGUUCCUCGGGUGAAUGGUCAGUUAGCGGUGUCUCGUGCCUUUGGAGAUAAGGGACUUAAGACACAUCUGAGUUCAGAGCCUGACAUUAGAGAUGUUGUUGUAGAUAGCCAGACGGAUGUUCUUCUCCUGGCCAGUGAUGGCAUUUGGAAGGUGAUGACAAAUGAGGAGGCGAUGGAGAUAGCUAAAAGGGUGAAAGAUCCACAGAAGGCGGCCAAGGAGCUAACAGCUGAAGCGUUGAGAAGAGAGAGUAAAGACGACAUAUCUUGUGUCGUGGUCCGUUUCAGAUGACAAACUCUGGAUUUGAUUCUGACACUGAUGAUUUUGGUUCCGGUUUGGACCGGUCUAAAGUGCGUUCGUUGUUAUAUGUAAAUUUGUGACAAAAAAAAGAGGAGUUGGUGGGUGAUGGGGAUUUGAUUUGUUGAUUUUAAUCAUCGUGAUAUAAUAAUAUUAGUAGGCCUUAUUUUGAAUGUUAUUAUAUAUGUGGAAGUACUUUUUUGAUUUGUUAUAAAUAUUGGGUUGAUUUGU